AUGAAAGUUUGUAUCGGUAUUGAUGUGGGUGGCACAAAUACUGAUGCAGUUGCACUUUAUGAUCGAAAAGUUGUCGCAAAAAGCAAAAAACCAACUACAUCUUCGAUUACCCUUGGCGUUCGAAAUGCUCUUCAUUCUGUACUUGGACAAUUAACUGAAAAUUUCAAGGACAGGAAUGUCCGCAUUUGUCGUGUCAAUAUUGGAACAACACAUUUUCUGAAUGCUGUCUUGCAACGCAAAAAUUUAGCUGCUGUGACAGUGGUACGGCUUUGUGGAUCAGCGUCGAGAGCGCUGCCUCCGUUUUGUGAUUUUCCAAAAGAUCUACGUACAGCUCUCAGCAGUGGAUAUUACUUUGUUGAAGGGGGAUAUGAAUUCAAUGGCAAGGAAAUAGAGGCAGUAAAUAGGGAUGAAGUGCUUCAGGUCAUAGCAGAAAUGAAACAAAAGGGUAUGCAUUUAGGAGAUGUUUGUAUUGAUUGCAACACAUUAUAUGGUCUCAUUUUAAUAGUAGGGCUGUAA